AAUGCUCGUCUGGUGAUAUUUCGUCUGCCCGUUAUUUUAUAAGUUGAUACUUUUUAAGUUUUUUUUUUUUUAUCUCAAAUAUUAACUUUAUCUUCACACAGGGGCAUUAUAUGAGUCGAAUUUUGGAUUGUUCUUGAAUCGAGAGAAAUAUUUUUGGGAGAAAACCCCCCCCGAUAUAACUGGACAAAAAUAUAAAUAAAGAUGAGUGCAGUUGUCUUCAGUCAGUUUGAUGAGCACCUCAGUUUUGAGGAGACUGGAAAAGACGUUGAGAGGAACAGUCUGAAUUAUCUAGAAGUAAUCGAUGGACAACAUCCAGAUUUGCUUUCAAGUCACAAGGGGAUGGAUGACAGUGGUGCUCUCAAACACAGGAGGAAUGGUGGAGGGAAGGUACGGCACAAGCGGCAGGCCCUGCAGGAUAUGGCCCGGCCCCUGAAGCAGUGGCUGUACAAGCACAGGGACAACCCAUACCCCACCAAGACCGAGAAGAUCUUGCUCGCCCUCGGCUCCCACAUGACCCUGGUUCAGGUAUCGAACUGGUUUGCUAAUGCACGACGCAGGCUGAAAAACACUGUGCGGCAGCCGGACCUGAGCUGGGCUCUGCGGAUCAAGCUUUACAACAAGUAUGUCCAGGGCAACGCUGAGAGACUGAGCAUCAGCAGUGAUGACUCUGCUUCAGAGGAUGGCGAGAACCCACGGCAGCCUGGCAGCUCCGUGUCUGUCCGAGCACUGCAGCGAGGAGCAUGCCAGGUGGGGCGGGGCCUGGGCACACCGCUGGGGGCAGACGGGACAGACGGGGUGCCCUGCGGCGACGCUUCGGCUCCUCCAAAGUACAAGAGCAGCUUGCUGCAUCGUUACCUCAACGACUCGCUGCACCACGUCAUGGCCUCCGGCGAGACGCUGGACUCGCGCAGGAGGAACCACUCAGGCUCCUUCAGCUCCAACGAGUACGAGGACGAGCUCAUGUCGCCGUCGCCGUCUGAGGCUGAGGGCCACUUCACCUACCGCACAGAAUCCUUGGACUGUUGCACACAUCCUUGUGGCAGUCACAAAGGCAUGCGUAAAGGAGGGUGUCGGGGCCACGACGCCACGUACUGGAAGGAAAUCCACGCCGCCAUGGCGCUGACUAACCUUGCCCAGAGCAAGCAGAGCAUCGCUCCGGGAACCACCAGCUGCAUCAUCCAGAAAUCCUCCCAUAUAGCAGAGAUCAAGACUGUCAAAGUGCCGAUGGCGCCCCGUCAUUAGUAGCUCGAUACAUCAGUCAGCUGAAUACCUAAGAGAGUGGUUUGAGUGACGGGUUGUCACAAAGUCUUUUGGAGACCGAUUGUAGGCAUCUAAUAUUAGUUAUGAACUUUUUUUUUUAAGAGGAAAGAAAGCAAGAAAACAGAUUACGGCAUUUUGUUAAGGGUGUCAUUUUCAUCCAUUGUUUUUACCAGUGUGCCUUUGUAUUCAGUGAGGACUAAUGACAUUACUGUCCUGUGAUGACAGGAAAGGACUGACUGUGGCUUUGAAGGGACUUGUAAUGUCGCUGAUCCUGAAAGCACAUUUCAACAAGAAGAAAAUCAAUUUUAUCAUGGUGUUAUGACCACUUUUAAUCAAAAUUUGGAUUCUGACAUUUGCAGAAUUACUUUCUUCUCAAAGGCCAUUGACUCCAUGGUUGAAAUGUAAUAUAUUCAUAUUAUACUACUUUUCUAAGUUAAGUUUAAUGUUUAUUGAGGCAGGAUUAUUGUCCCAUGACUUCAAUGCAAUUUUUAAAAAUGACAUGUUUUUCUUUGUUUUGUUCUAUAUGUAUGGCCAUAGCAAUUUUCUUUAAAUGAAAAUGUGGCAUCGAGUUCUUACAUAGUGUAUCUAAAUGACUGAGUAGUCGCAUAGCCUUACGUUGCCCACUGAAAACAGUGGCCAGUUCAAAUUUCUCCACCCACUUCUCAACCCCACUGAAGGAUUUGCCCUAUUACUGUGACUGAUCCAUCUGGGAGUAAUCUGUUUCAUGUUUAUCACUGGCUGUGACUCUGACCAUAGUCACUUGCGAUAGAGCUGAGUCCCGACAGUGUUUACUUCUGUCUCUCUCUCAACAUGUCUCCGUCCACCCCCAAACACAAUCUAAUUCCGUGUGUCUUUGUAAAAAUGUUAUUGGUGUCUAUAACAGACCACUGAACUGGAGACUCCCCAGUAUACACAUACCACAUCAGCAUGGAAAAGACUAAUUAUUUCCACCCAGAAUUCACCUCUGCAUACAGUAGGGUGGAAACUACAGCGGGAGCCAUAUUUUUGUGGAGGAAAGGUUUCUGUAAAGGUACUUCCAAUCUGAUAAAGUAAUCCCCAUAAUGAAACAGUUAGUCUCUUUCUUACCUAAGCCAUGCUCUGAUGUUAACAUUUUUGUUCCUAACAAGUAUGUGUAUUUCAGGUAUGUGUGUUGGUAAUGAUGUUGGAUAUCAUGUGAGUCAUCAGAUAUGACCACAGAGGCCAGUCUGGAACCUGUUACCAUAAAAAGAGCAGUUUCUCUCAGGUUGUUGUGGUCUGGAUGCUGACUAUGACCAGUUGACUAUCCCAUGACCCUCAAUUGGUCAUAUGAUUUAUAAUUUGUGUCUGUCAAAAGGUCAGAGAAAAGAUGAAUUUGUUUGAUUUCAGUUAUCUACUUUUCACCUGGAGCCAAUGGAUGGAGUACUACACUGUACUUAUCA